GCUCAGCUCUUCUGCUUCCCUUUGGUCUCCCGUCUUCCUGAUUGCGGCGCUACUGCGAGGCGAGCGAGACCGUCGCGCCCAGAUCCGGCGGGCAUGGCGAGGAAUCCAGCCCGCACCGUCUACAUAGGUAACUUGGAUGAAAAGGUAACUGAAAGAGUAUUAUAUGAGGUUCUUGUUCAGGCAGGCCGUGUAGUAGACCUAUACAUACCCUGUGACAGGGAAACUAGUUGCCCCAAAGGUUAUGCUUUUGCUGAGUAUGAAACAGAGGAAAUCGCACAAUAUGCUGUUCGACUUUUUUCGGGACUCGUUCGGCUUUAUGGUAAACCACUCAAGUUUGCGAUCUCUGGGCAAGACAAACCCACAUCAAAUGGCAAAGAAACAUCAAAUCCACGUAUCCGAUGGUAAACGGUGGGAUAAUAGAUUAUUGUUUUUCAAACUCUUAUCCUUACAGUCACCCUCAAGCAGUAUCAGUUGGACCCGUGCAUAGCAAUGGAGGGUUCAGCAAUGGUACGUAUGAUUGCAAUACACACGCAUUUGGUUCUGUUGUUAACGCUAGGUAUGGAGAUUCUGUGUUAAAUUUUGCUGGCCAUGGAGCUCCUAUGCAACCAAUGUUGUACCCAUCCUACUAGCCACCAAAGAGGGAAUGUGUUAUGUUGAGCUAUUGAUAGAGUAGGUUGGUUGGGCUUUAGCUCCCUGAAAUCAACAUCCGAAAUGCACUUCAUCAUCAUACAUGUAAUAAUAUGGCUCUCUUUAUGAAUGGUAAUUAUAGAAUGUUAGUACAAAACGCAUCUUUCUCUUCUUUGGGGACGGUAGGACUGCAAAAGCGCUGGUAGCUGUACUGUGCCUCCUCUAACUUGCGAUUCAAUGAGCCAUGCACACUUGUUACAAUAUUAUUAAGCCUUGAAGGCAAUCUUUGUAGUUUACUUGAAUGGCCAUUACUCUUACGACCUUACCAGAUGUCUUAUCUAUCCUGAGUAGUAUACCUCUGUAUAUGCUUUCUUUCUAUAGUUUGCCUCAAGGGGUGAAAAAAAAAGAUUAGAUCAUUUUAGAGCUAGAUUCUUAUGGCAGGAAGAUCAAGGGAUAAGGAAAUAUCAUUUAGUCCAAUGGCCUAUGAUUUGUAGACCUAAGGAUCAAGGUGGGUUGGGAGUUCUAGAUCUAAGUUAAUGAAUACUGCACUUUUGGGGAAGUGGUUAUGGAAGAUGGAAAAUGAAGAAGGAAUUUGGCUGGAUCUUUUGAAGAAAAAAUGUUAGAGUUCCAGAAUUCUAUCAUAUAAAAAACAUAGAGUUGGAGAUUCACAUUUUUGGUCAAGUUUGAUGGAAGUGAAAGAGCUGUUUUGCAUAUAUUGUAAGAAAAAAAAGUUGGAAAUGGGAAAACACCCUCUUUUGGGAAGAUGAUUGGAUUGGAAAUAAACCCCUGGCUAAAUAAAAUCCUUAUAUAUACAAUGUAACUUUCAGAAAAUAUGUUACAGUACAUAAAGUGAUACAACAAGGGUGGGAGUGGAUGAAUUUCAGAAGGACAUUACUAGGAGAUAGGCUAAGAGAAUGGACAAAAAUUAAAAGCAAAAUUUAGACAAUUACUCUGAAUGAAAACAAAGAUGAAAUUGUUUGGAAAUUAACAAAAAAUGGUUGCUUCACAGUCAAGUCUUUUCUUAGGGCUUUACAGAUGCAUCAACCUUUUGUCUUUAAGAAAAUUUGGAAGUUCAAAAUCCCAAUAAAGAUCAAAGUUUUCAGUUGGCUAUUGUUGAGAAAUAGUAUUUUGACAAAAGAUAAUUUGUUCAAAAGAGGUUGGAAAGGAAAAGAAAAGAAAUGCCGGUUUUGUUUUUUUAGGCAAAGAAAUGUUGAUUUUGUAAGGAGGAGGAAUCUGUUGAACAAUUGUUUUUGCGUUGUCCUUUGGCAAAAUUCAUUUGGAAUGAUACAAUGCACUUUUGGGGUAAAACCUGCCAAUAAUGUCAAUCAUUUCUUUGGUGGGUGGGUGGCUUAUGAAUUUUGAUAAGAACACAAGAAAGUUGAUGGUAGUAAGGGUGAUAGCUGUGAUUUGGACAAUCUAGAAUACUAGAAACGAUGCUUGUUUUCAGAACAAAUAUCCUAGUGAUCCAAUUCAGAUAGUAUCUGAUGUCUGUGAAUUGAUUUGUGUUCGGUCGUUAUUGCAAAAAUAGGAGGAAGAGCAGAGAAGAAUGCAGGUGGGGGCACGGCUGCUAAAACAUGUGGCAAAUGAAGUAUUUGGAGCAAGUGGGGGAUGGGUGUGAUAACAAAAGAGAAAAUACAUUCCGAGGGUUUUAUAGCUGAUUGCAUUGUAUGAAGGACCCGGGGGGCUUUCGUAGCUUUUGUCCCUCUUUUGCAACGCCAAUUGGUGGUAUGGCAUUAGGUGGUUUGCGAGGGGGAAGUUGCUAAACGCUGUUUAUUUUCUUUCUCGCUUUUGUCUAAAGUAUCGUUACAUUUCUAGUUUCUAGCUUCCAAAAAAAAUCAGCCAGAGAUUUAUAAAACCGAGUCAAGUCAACUGAUCUAUACCCCUGUCUGUUCUGUGUCCGUCAUCCGUGCACAUCACAGAAAUGAGUCCCUGUCUGUUCUAUGUUCGUGCACAUCACAGAAAUGAGUCUCUGUCAUGGUCAUGGACAACCAAGUUGCUGCUAUGUCGGCUUGCCAACUAACCCUAUUUUGUGAUGGUUAAGUGGAGAGGGGCUUGGCUGCUGUUUUGCUUUGCAGUUCUCUAUUCCUUUGUCACUUGUCAUUGCUAGAUAAAUUUUGGGGUUAUCUUGGCAUUGCAUUUUUUUUAUGUGUUAGGUGAGGUGAUGCAUAGGUUGGUGCUUGGGCAAGUUUGAUCAUUUCUCUACUAGUGCAGUUCCAGUGUGUUCCACCUAUACAAAAAACACAUAACGGAGACAUCCAAAACUUCACAGGUAGACAGGAUGGCACUAAAACACUCCCAUUUUGACUUCACCUAACCCAAAAGGUAUCCUCUAUCCGGAUACGAAAAUUCUACUGCCAAAAAUCGUCACUUUUUGUGUCCCCUUGAUUAGCCUUCUCCAAGGUGAAAAACCACAUCUCAAGCCACGUAUCAGAGGUGCUGCUUCUCGCUGCAUAUCUCCUCUAGUCUUUUCUCUGCAAAAAUAUUGGAUCUUGCUGCUCCAGUUGCAGUUGCAGACUUUGCAAGAAGCUCUUUUGAGUUUUGACGCUGUCUCUGGGCAUCGCAAGCUGACAACAUCGAAGACCAAGUCUACGCAUAUACGUACAAGGAGCUCUCUUGGUGAUAUUCUUCUUGAUUCCAUUUGGAGUGUGUAUGAUCUCGCGUCGAUCGAAGUCAAGAGAGGAGGCGAUGAAGGUGGAGACUCCAAGGGUGCAGCAGGCGGCCGCCGGCGAAGGCGGCGGCGUGUUCUUCUGCGUGGCGGUGACGUCGAGGGGGAGGACGGACCGGAUGUCCUACUUCCAGGCAGAAGGGGACGGCGACGACGCGGAGGAGGUUGCACGCGCGACGGCCGCGCUCUGCCUCGACCACGCGCCGGAGCACCACCACUGGCACCACCACACCGUCGUCGGGCGGCGCACGUUCGCGUUCCUCGCGGGGGACGAUGGCCGCACCUACUUCGCCGUGGCUGACCCCACGCCGGGCAGCGCCGAGACGGUCCGGUUCCUGGAGCGCGUCCGCGACGCGUUCAGCGGGGCGGCGGCGCCCAGGCGGCGGCAGCGCCAGCGCGACGACGCGGUGGACGCCGUCGUGUGGCAGUUCGUGCGCGCGCUGCGGGCCUCCGCCGCAGGAGGAGGCACGACGAGCUCCCGCUUGCCGGACGACGACGUGAGCGCCGGCACCGGCAGCGACAAGGACGACGGCGAAGACGAGGAGGACCAAGGAGACCGCGCGCGCGCGCUGCCGGCGACGGCAGAAGGCGCGCGGUGGCGAACACGGCGGUCGUGGUGGCGCUACAGCAAGGUCGUGAUCGGCGUGGAGUUGGUGCUGUUCCUCGUCCUGUUCGUCGUGUGGAUGGUAGUGUGCAACGGCUUCAACUGUGUCCAGCGAUGAGUGGCACAGCGUUCGCAACUGUAAUUACAUACACGCAUAGUUUGCUUCAGUUUACGCGCUGUGUACAUUGUCCGUCUUGGUAAAUCGAAAUUGUCUUAGCAACAUGGAACACAAAUUGUUUUUGCAAGCGGUUUUCUUCUGGUCGUUGCUUUUGUUCUGGGGGUUAUUUGCAACGCGUGAUAUAUAAUUCUUUAACUUUCAUGGAAUUUCUCUCCAAAACAUUCUGUGUCAAUGCCAAGGGAGGCUGAUUCGUGUGGCUCU